CGGAGUGGGCGGGGCGGUUGCAGGGAGUCCCACUGACAUGGCGGAGCUGGAUACAGCGGCUGAACAUGAACGGAUUCUACGGGAGAUCGAGAGCACCGAGACCGCCUGCAUCGGACCCACCCUGCGGUCUGUAUAUGAUGGAGCGGAACAUGGACACUUUAUGGAUCAACUGGAAUUGCGUAUCAGAAACCAUGACCGCGAGAUUGAAAAGAUGUGUAACUUCCACUACCAGGGCUUCGUAGACUCUAUCAAUGAGCUGCUUAAAGUGAGAGGAGAGGCAGAAAAACUGAAGAACCAAGUGACUGACACUAACCGGAGACUGCAGCAUGAUGGAUCUGAGUUGUUAUCUUCCAUGAAAGAACUAAGGCAGUGUAGAAUUCAGCAGAGGAAUAUUACGGCCACUGUGGAGAAGUUGAAUUUGUGUCUGCCCGUUUUAGAGAUGUACAGCAAAUUGCGAGUGCAGAUGAAGACUAAAAGACAUUACCCGGCUCUGAAGACUUUGGAGCAGCUUGAACAUACAUACUUACCCCAGGUCAGCCACUACCGCUUUUGUCAGGCCAUGGUAGACAAUAUCCCCAAACUUCGUGAGGAGAUCAGGGAAGUGUCCAUGUCUGAUCUGAAGGACUUCCUGGAGAGUAUCCGCAAGCACUCAGAGAGGAUUGGAGAAACGGCCAUGAAACAGGCACAGCAGCAGAGAACAUUGGACAACAUCCUGUCUCUUCAAACCAAGUGUGGCCUUGGAAGGAAAUACAAGAAGGACAAGUGUCUUAGUCCAGAGGUGAAUGGCACAAGCCCCAUGUCUGAGCAGGAUUCAGGAAUCCUCGAUAUCGAAGAUGAUGAAGAUGAGGAGGCACCGGGCACUCAGGAUUUGGUGGACUUUUCUCCGGUCUAUCGCUGCUUGCAUAUCUACACUGUGCUGGGCUCACGAGAGGUCUUUGAGAAUUAUUACAGGAAACAGAGAAGAAAGCAAGCCAGGCUGGUCUUACAACCAUCAUCCAACAUGCAUGAAACGUUAGAUGGAUACAGAAAGUAUUUCCAUCAGAUAGUUGGUUUUUUUGUGGUAGAAGAUCAUAUUCUCCAUACAGCGUUUGGCUUAGUGAAUAGAGCCUACAUUGAUGAGCUGUGGGAUUUGGCGUUAUCCAAAACCAUGGCAGCUCUUCGGACACAUUCGUCGUACUGCUCUGAUCCCAAUUUGAUGUUAGACUUGAAGAAUCUGAUUGUGCAUUUUGCUGACACACUCCAGGGUUAUGGCUUCCCCGUGAACCAACUUUUCGACAUGCUGCUUGAAAUCCGAGACCAGUACAGCGAGAUCCUGCUGAAGAAGUGGGCCCAGGUCUUCAGGAAUAUUCUUGAUGGUGAUAACUACAGCCCGAUUCCUGUGAAUGAUGAGGAAAUGUACAGGAAGAUUUUGGGACAGUUCCCAUUCCAGGACUCAGACUUGGAAAAGCAACCCUUUCCCAAAAAGUUCCCAUUUUCUGAAUUUGUGCCUAAAGUCUACAGUCAGAUCAAGGAGUUUAUCUACGCCUGCCUGAAAUUUUCUGAAGACUUGCAUUUAAGUUCCACCGAAGUCGAUGACAUGAUUCGAAAGUCCACAAAUUUGCUGCUCACUCGGACACUAAGCAACUGUCUGCAGAACGUCAUCAAAAGGAAGAAUGUAGGCCUGACUGAGCUUGUACAGAUCAUCAUCAAUACAUCACACCUGGAGGUCUCCUGUAAGUUCCUAGAAGAGUUUAUUACCAAUAUAACCAAUGUUCUGCCAGACACCGUACACACUUCAAAACUCUACGGCUUGACCACGUUCAAGGACGCCCGGCAAGCAGCAGAGGAAGAGAUUUACACCAACCUCAAUCAGAAAAUUGAUCAGUUCCUACAGCUGGCCGAUUAUGAUUGGAUGUCUUCAGAAUCAAGCGGUCAGGCCAGUGACUACUUGGUGGACCUGGUUGCUUUCCUGAACAACACGUUUGCGGUCUUCACCCACUUGCCUGCUCCAUCUGACACUCACUCCAGAAUGCCGGGGAAGGUAGCCCAAACCGCCUGCAUGUCUGCCUGCAAACACCUCUCCACGUCCUUAACACAACUACUGCUGGAAGCUGAAGUGAAACAGAUCACUCUGGGUGCCUUGCAGCAGUUUAAUCUGGAUGUAAAGGAGUGUGAACGGUUUGCCAGAUCCGGACCAGUGCCUGGGUUCCAAGGAGAGACUCUGCAGUUGGCCUUCAUCGACUUAAGACAACUAUUAGAUCUGUUCAUCAAGUGGGACUGGUCCACGUACCUUGCUGAUUAUGGACAGCCUACAUGCAAGUAUCUGAGAGUCAACCCCACCACAGCACUCACCUUGCUAGAAAAGAUGAAAGACCCCAGUCGGAAAAACAAUGUUUUCGCUCAGUUUAGAAAGAAUGAGAGAGACAAGCAGAAGCUGAUUGAAACUGUGGCCAAACAACUUCGAGGCCUCAUUAACACCCACCAUUCAUGAGACCCACAACACCGUCCUUACUUAGAGCCUUCAGGAUGGCGCUGGUCAUUGUACACUGAAUGGACCAGAGUUCCCUCCGCCUGGCUUUUGUACUAUUGUAUCUCUUUUCAAAGGGCAAAUGACUACAGUACCUAACAGUGUAUAAAAUGUAUAACAAACUACUUUUGGGGUACUCUGGCUUAGGCUCAAUGCUUCUUCCUACAAUGCAUAUGGCUCCAGGAAAAGAAGGGGUAGCAAUGUUUGUUUUCAUGCUUUUGCCAGGUGUUGGGUGAUUGGUUUCUAUUGCACUGAUUUUGCCAAUUUUUGUGCCAUGUAUGUUAGAAAUCUUAAUUUUAUCUGUUCAAUUAGAGUUACUGUGUUACAGUUACUGACAUAGAAAGCCUGAAUUGUUCACGUUGGGUAACACUAGGGAAGACGUGUUCCUUUUUUUUCCUCUCUUUCUAUUCUUGUCAUUUAAAAAAAAAAAAAAAAAAAGGAAAGGAUACACUAAACUGUUGGCUUUCAUAUUUCUGUCAUUAUAUGUUUAAUAGAUGUUUUGCAGCUGACUAUAAGGAAAAAUAAAAGGGCAAACGGAAUUAAUAAUACUGAAAAACUGACAUAUUUUGUCAAUAUAUAUAUAUAACCCCCCUUCCUCUUGAAGGAAGGACUACAGGACUUUAUUACCAUGCUAUAGAAACCUCAACAAGGAAAUUAUUAUUACUCCCCAAAUUAUCUUCUCUGCCGGGUAGACAAUGUACUUGAGGGUGAAAUUAGGCCUUCCGUCCUGUGCACCCUCUCCACACAUAGGAAUAUCUGUAAACUGGUUCUAGGAGUGACCCAGACAAUCCUUGUUUAUCCGAAAAGCACAAGCUAAGAGUGUAGGAUUGCAAUUUUAUUGUAGGAUUGCGAUUUUUUUUUUAUUUAUUUUUUAUCAUUACACUCCCUUUAAUGUCACUAUUUGCUGGUUCUUUUUAAUACAACUAAUCAAAGUCUUCCAAAUAACCGUUAUCUUCUAGAAGAGUGUUUCCUACAGGAAUUAAACUACAUUUUGCCA